UCGAGUGUCUGUUCGCCCGCGCUUUUCAGGCUUCAACGUGUCUCUCGGAAGGUUCUCUGUUUACGGAAGGAGUUGCUUAGUGAUUUUAUCCGGCGACGGAGGUGCGUUCCUGAAAGUCGAAAUGCCUGUUAGAAGAUCACUGAAAUUGGAUGGUCUGUUAAAAGCAAAUUCAUUUGAUUCUCCUAAAAUCACAAGGAAGAAAAGUGCUGCAGCUUAUUCUCCAACAACUGGAACCUGUCAAAUGAGCCCAAUUGCUUCUCCCAGAAGCUCAAAAGAACAAGAAAACAGAAAUGGACCAUCAAAUGGAAAGAGGGAAAACUUGAAUCACCUCAGUAUAAACAAAAGAAAGGAAUCUACUAUGCAAGACAAUGAAUUCAUGGUAUUGCUAACUAAAGUUGAGAAAUCGUCAGAAGAAUUCAUGGAAAUAAUGCAAAAUUUAAGUAGUAUACAGGCUUUGAAGGGCAGUAAAGAGCUUGAAAAUCUCAUUGGGAUCCCCCAUGCAUCAUGUGUCUUUAAAAGAGAAAUGCAGAAAACAAAAGAACUAAUGACUAACGUAAUAAAGCAAAAGCUAUUUAAAAAGAAGAAUUCAGGACUUCCCAACAAAGGCGUUUAGAAGAAACACACUCACUAUGAACGCCAACUUCUGUAUCUGCCUGAUCAUAUUUAAAGGAACAGAAGAAAUGUUUGUAAUUAAUCUGUGCAGUGAAUACCAGAUCAUAGCAUAGGCAGGUGCGUGUCUAGAUAAAAUUUCUUGAAGCUAAUUUAAACUUUCUACCCACACCAGUAGAUAAUCUCAACAUAAAUAAUACAUUUCUUCUUGACCCUUUAAAGUAAGCCAACAUAUAGAAGAGGAUCUUGACUUAUAUUCUGUAUCUGAUACACUUCUGUAUACUUUUAUCAUUUGUGGAUAGACUUAUAGCUUGUAUGAAAAUGGCACCUUUGGUAGAGCUGUAUCUUAAAACUCAGAUUAAAUCUAAUAGUGAGUGGAAGUAGGUCCUAAUUUUCCAAUUUAAAGCCCUAGAUUUGUACUAAUUAGAUUCUUUUAAAGGCUUUUAAAAUUGUAAGUUUACUUUAGCUUCUACUUCAUAGAUGAGUUUUUAUUCUAGUUAUGCCUGUGCUUGUAGAGAAAAAAAUAUUUUCAAAGUUUUAAAAUUCUUACAUCUUUUAUAAAAUGCUGGAAUGCAUUUUUCAGUGCAGAUAUUUAAAUGUGAGGUUGUUUUUAAACUGAACUACACAGAAUCUCCUGAAUAUAAAGAAAAGACCUCAUCUGGGACAGUAUGUGAUCCCCUCCACAUUUUGAAGCAUCAAAUUUUUAAUUUUCUACAGUGUUGUUUUGUAUCAUCUAUUUGUGCUGUCACAAAAUAAAGGGGAAGAGUGAAUCACAGAAAGUGUUAUAACUUGAUAGCACUUUUUUUUUUCAUACCUCUGCACCUUUCUUUGACCAUUUCCAUAGGGGGGAAAAUGCUGUUCCCUUGGUGUUCACCCUAAGUCUUGGCAAAAUAUGUAUAUUACCAUGUCAUUUAAUUCACUGUAUUAUGAAAAUAAAAAUACUAUGUGAAAAAUGUGAAACAAAAUUUAACAAGUUAAAGUUGAAACUAACUUUGCAUUUAGAGAAAUUUCAGAUUUGCCUCUUAAAAUGAAAAUGAAUUAUUUUUUAAAACUAUUAAUUGAAAUAACUAAAUAGUAACUCAAUUUAUAAAACUAAUUGCCUUCACUAAUGAUUUUAUUGGGGCAAUCUAAAUAAUAUUUUUAAGAUAAUCUGCUAAAUAUUAAGAAUACUUUGUGAUAUAGUCCUUAUAAUAGGAGAGUACCUAAAAUAUACCAAAAAGGUUAAUUUGUGUUCCAGCAUUGAAAACUAACCUCAGAAUGUAAACCAAAAAAUAUAUAGACACCUACAUUAGUCAGGAAAUGAAGGGUUAAGAAGUAAGCUUGGUUUCAUAUGUAAUUUAAGUUAUGUAGCUAUGUGCUUAAUGCUGUUAAAUCAGUUACUGUAUGUUUGACCUCUUGAUAGACCAAGCUUUUGCCUUUCAGAACAGCUGGGUUGGCUAAGAAUCAUUUCCCAGUUCUUUUCUUUGUAGAUCAGAUGACUCUCGCUUUAUCACCCUUGGAGGCCACAUGAAGGACAAAGCAGAAAGAUCCACACACAAAACUAAUGUUUAUAUGGAGGUGGUGUGGGGGGAGGAAGGCAAAAGGCGGGGGAUACACUUGGCCCUGAUCUUCCAAUGAACAUAACAGAAGGACCAAUUGAGACUUGAAACCAUUGUGUUACUCCAACCAUUAUUUAGUUACAUCCUAUCCAUCUCUUACUCUCUUUCUAUUGAACAGAGAGGCUCCUUUGGCUGCUUUGACUUUUGUAAAUGUUUCACUCACUUAGUUGUGGUUUAUCAUUUGGACAGAAUGCUACAUUGGGGAUUUUUCUCCCCUCCCUAAGGCUUCAAGGCAAAAUGACUUCUGUUGCCUCAUAUUUGAUACAUGAACAUACAGUGUAUUCUCUUCAUUUUAAGAAUCAAACCUAAGUUUAUGGCAACAGAGAAAACUCCAUUUUUCAGAAACAGCUUUUCCCUAUAAAAGAACUUGAAAAUAACUUUCCUAAGAUCAUUUUUUGACAGGUAUAUUAGUGAAUAAAGGGAGGCAUCUUUAAUAAUUUUUGUAUAAGCUAAAUGUCUUUAUAAUAAAAUAUCCCUGUUGUUAUUUUGGUUUUUAAUUGCUCAGAGUUCAAAGUGGACUCUUCUUAAAUUGGUUUCUAAUAGAUAUGAGAUACUUACAAUUCCUACAAGUCUCCAGUAAAGCUACAAUGUAGAUUCCACAUGACUGAAUACUCUAGAAAUGUAUUUUUAUUUAGAAUUUACCUAUAAGAUACCUUGAAUAUGAGUGUAUUCUACUUUACUUAUGUUUAUAUAUACUUUCAUUUUCAAAUAAUGUUUCUGUUUCAACUAUUUAGAAGUUAAAACUUCCUCAUCAUUGAUUUAAAUGAACAUCCUGUAUUAAAUGCAAGUAUUCUAUUACAAAAGAUAAGACUGCACCAGCCAGCCAAGAUGCUGACAUUUGGGCAUGGUGAUUAUAGAUGGUGACCAUGGACAGCGAUGUUCCUGCUGAUGCGGCAGCGACUCAAGGCUGCUUUUUCUGUGCUGACCUACCCUUUGAGUCUUUAUGCACAUUUGCUUUGAAAAAGAAAUACUUCUUGAUUUUUUGCUUUGUCUAAACCUACUUCCUUUACCGGACUUAAAAACAUAUACCUUGUUGCAUCAGCUGUCCAUGUCUAGAACCAAAUUCUCUUAUGUGUGUAUAUGUGUUUGACUUGCAUUGUAUUAAAAUAUACAACCACUUA